AUGUCUGACAGAGAAUCUAUUGACAUCCACGCGGUUGCUCUCAAACUGCCCGUUUUUGCCCCGAACAACCCUCGAGUGUGGUUUCGACAAAUAGAAGCCGUAUUUGCCACUCGACAUAUAACCAGCGAGCGCGUGAAAUAUUCUCACGUUGUCCAAGCGCCUCCAUUUGACAUCGCUGUUGACGUGGAAGAUCUCCUCGAUCCCAUUCCAUUAGAAGCUCCUUACAUGAAGCUUGAGGAAGCAGUCAUUCAGCGUACCGGAAAAUCAGCCGGAAAAAUGCUCCGUGAACUGUUCACGUCGGUGGAGCUUGGAGUCCCAACUCCGUCCCAGCUUAUGCGCCACAUGCGGUCGCUACUGGCUGGACGGCAAAUGGACGACGCCAUUUUCAGGGAGAUAUGGGUUGCUAAACUACCUCUUCCGAUGCAGCUGGUCCUGUCAAUGCUGGAACCCACUACUCCACUUGACAAGGUUGCGCAACACGCCAAUAGAAUAAUCUAA